CUUCGCGAUACCCCUUACGCGCUUCCCGCCCUUGAGAGACCCCCACGCGCCCCGAUGGGACCCACGAGCGAGAGAUACAAGUCCCUGCUAGCCGAGAAAGAUGAAGAGAUCUCCCGCUUACAACUACUUGAGAAGGCACACAUUGCACGCACUGCGCACGCGGAGACGCGCCUGUUCGCCACUCUUGACAUCCUCGAUGCUACGCGCGCCGAAGCCGCCCAAGACACAGCUACCCUACGCUCCGCCAAUGCCGCGCUGUCCGCCAAGAUCGCGGGAGUACGAAAUGCUGCUCGUGAAGUAGAGGCGGAGCGCGAUGACCUGCGACACGCGGUCCAGAAGCUCAUCGAGCGAGUUGAGGCCAACCACGAUUACGCUUCCUGGCCGUGCGCACGAAUGCACAGUACGGCUUUCGUUGAACCGAUAAAAGGCAAGGCAAUGGCGCGAACUGCCGAAGACGACAAGCUAGUGGACUUCGCGUCAAGUCAAAUCGCUUCCCUGCGCAUGCAGCGCGACGCUGAGCGGCGAGCUCAUGCGUCGACAAGGCAGCGAGUUGUCGAGUUGGAGGCAGCGAUUGCUCGGCGUGAUGCCGAGCUAGAUGCCUGCGUAGCUGCACAUACACACCUCAAGGAGACAUCCUCCGGCACUUCUGGUCCCUCUACUAGUACCAAGUACUCGAAGAUACAGGCAGAACCUGUUGUCGCUUUCUUGGACUUCAAUCUCAUCACAAACCGCGCACUAGAGGAUGAACUGCGAGCUCUGUCCCGGCAGGUCGAGCGGCGGAAGAGACGGCGGGAAACCGGACCACCUUCAACUUCAUCUUCACCAUCUUCCGAACAUGAAGCACCCUCGCCUACCCUUACACCUUUGCUAUCCGUCAAACCCGAGACUCACGGUCGUACAACUAGAAGUGAGCCUUCGUCUAAAACGACGCUCGCCGAAGCGCAGAACAUGAUCAACUCGCUCGCUGUGGCUAUCGAUGCUCUUGCGCGCGAGAGGCAACAGCUGGUUCCGCCCAGGAAGCGCAAGUCCUCCCCGAUUCGUACUUCCCGAUCCGGCAGAGGUGAAUCUGCAGCUGUCGAAGUGGCGCCCGCUCCCCGAUCAUCUUCCCCCGUCCCAUCAACAUCCCCUAUCAGAUGCCGGAGAUCCACAUCGCGCUCCGCGGAACCAAACCCUCGAGCUUCUUCUCCCACUCGAUCUCAGCGUCCUUCAUCUCAUCGAACGGCCUCUUCUCGUUCAACGUCUACUGCUCGACCACGCAGGUCUGCGGAGCGGGAGAUUUCGCCUCCUCGAGCGCCUGCUCCAGCGCCGACUGAGGCUUCGCAACCUAUCCCACGUCCAAAUCCCUUCCAAUUGCCAGACCCAACACAGACCCGGACGCAGUCCCCGCGUACACCAUCUCCGAGCAAAGCCAAUAGGGCUAAAGCGGCGGAGAGUGGUUCAGCCUCGGUGGACACAGCUCAACGAGCUGGCGCGGCCGCUUCAGCGGACCCUUCGAAUUCGUCCCUCGAGGUAAACGCCUCCUCACGACCUCGCGGCCUAUCACUCGCCGACUCCUCCGCAAAACCACCGCCACCUGCCUCUCCCGAGAAGGCGCCUCCCGAGUACGACAACGCGACCCGCUAUCCCGACCUCACCGCUGAUCUGAUUGGCUUGCGUGAGGAGCUCGACGGCGUCCGCGACGAGCUUGCCACUGCGCGGGGCAAGUUGGGUCCUGCCCUGCGCGAGAUCAGUGAUCUUCGCGAUGAUCUCGACCAAGCGCGGCGAGACCUCGAGCGGGCGAGGAAGGAGCAGCAGCGCGCACGGGAGGAAAGGGAGAGCGACAGGGCGGAGAUGGAAGGCUUGAGGGGCGAGGCGAGGAACUCGAGGGCGCAGGCCGCUGAGGCGCAGAGUGAGGUCGGUGGGCUGCGCGACGAGAUCGCCCGUCUGCAGCGCGAGUUCGAGCGCGUCAACGGAGAGAACGCUCGCUUGUCUGCCGAGCUUGCGCGUGCUUCAUCCAGCACUGGCCAGGCAUCUGAGGAGACGCGUCGCCUUACAGCGGAGCUCGAGCAUUUGCGGAACAGCCUCGAGCGCGUCACCGAGGAGGUGCACCACCUUUCUUCGGAGAACCACCGUCUCACGGCCGAGAACGAACGGUUGCGGGACGUGCUUGGUCGUGACCGUGCGGACGAGGCGGUCCUCGCGCUUAGCGAGGGCGAGGGUAGCGGUCGGCGUAGCGCUGCCAGCCGUAGUCGGAGCGGAAGCGGGAGCAGCAUGAGCCUCAGCUCAGGCCCUCCAGGAAGCGCGAGUCGGAUGAGCAGCACAAGGAUGAGCGGCGCGGGGCCUCCCUCGAGAGGUCGCACGCCUCCAGUGGAACGCGACGCCACGCUCGGGAGUAGGGGUUUCCGCACUCCGUCGCCGUUGGCAACAUACCAAUCGGAGUCGUCCACUGGGCGCACUGGCCGACCGGGUUUGCCUAUGCGGCGGCCGUCCUCUUUUGCGGGUCGGUCCGUCUCGUCGGGCAGUCGGCGGUCGUCCAUCAAGGAUCGUCCGCCAACUCCUGGCAGGCCUCAGUCAGCGCCGUCUCCGGGGACUUCGCCAGCCGCCCCUGUGUACACUGCGCGUCCACCGUCAUCCGUUGGCGCUGUGCAUGGCACCCCUUCUUUCGCCUUCGGCGCCAUGUCCUUCGCGCCCUCGCAUAUGCCCUCGACCGCAUACCCUACGCCGUCAUUCGCGCACGUCAUGGCGUCGACACCACCCCGAACCCAUUCGCGACCCAACUCCCUCAGCAGCCCCAUCAAUUUACACCCUCUUCAUCCUCGAACGCCUGUGCACAGUAGUGUCGCGGCGUCCUCCAGGCCUCCAUCUACCCGGUCGCGCGAUCCCAUACCUUCACAUCAUCUUCCUCCAGAGGCGUCGACAGCGAUGUCGAACAUGCCUAGCCAGUCCCAUCUCACUGGUCCCAGCCUACCCGAGCCAUCAUACAGUCUUCCCGAGCCACCUACUCUUCCUGACGCGUCAACCGCGGCCGGUGCGUCGACAGCUGCCGGUGUAUCCACCAUUGCUGGCACGCAAAACCUGCUCGACGUCGAUGAUGGGGAGAUGUCGAUGGAGCUUGCGACGCCGCUGCUGCCCACGACCAUGUUCGUCUCGGACGUGGAGUUGCCGACGAUGGAGGAGGGCGGCGGUUCGCGCGCGGCAGUCGACUCGCUACAGUCCAUGGAGCCGCUCCAGCUUCCUCCUCCUCUACGACCAGGGCAAGGCACGCGAUAGAGCAGGUGCUCCUCGUUCACCCUUUCCUACGAUUUACGACCCCUUUUCUUGGUUUGACUCAACGAACCCAGGUGCUGUUGCACCGUUCGCGGACGGACAUAUCUAGACAUAUCUAGCCAUUUCGCUUUGCUCUCUGUUGUGUGUGCGCUGCUCCAUAGAUAUCGUCGUCUCGCUACGUACGUCUGUUGUUAUAUCGUGUUGUGCGUGUCGUGUACUGUCUGUCGUGUUUCUCGUACGCCAUGUCCGCAGCCAGUCUAUGCCCUCCUACUGUUACUCAUGAAUGUCAUUCUGGCGUCUGCCAGAAGCAUUGUUCAGUGUCCGACCGAACACUGGCCCAUGAAGGCGGUCAUUUUGCUAAU